CACAGAUAAAAACAAGCGGCGAUAACCAGUGAUCAUGUCCAAGCGCCGCAAUGAGAAUGGCCAGAUGCGCCGCGAGGAGUACGAGGCCGAAGAGGACCGCGACCCUCGCGAAGACGACACGGUCGCUGGCUACGGCAUGACGCGCGCCUCCGAAACGGAGAUCUCCAAGCGCCGUAUCGUCGUGCCUAAGGGCAAGCGCCCGGCGCCCGCGGUCGCGCCCGCUGCGGCGCCGGCGUCGAGCAACCCGUUCAGCGGCUUCACGGGCCUGACGCAGGCGGCCCCCGCGCCCUCGGCGAAUCCAUUCAGCGGCUUUACAGGGCUCACCAACCCGACGCCCGCCGCCAAGCCCGUGGUGGCCGCGCAGACGCCUGUGCAGCACACGCCCUUGUCGGACGACUGGAUCAAGGCAAAGACGUCAGGUCUCUCGCGCGACGCGGCGCUUGGCGCCGUCAUGGAGGUGCUCAACAAGGAGUUCUUUGCAUUUGUGAGCCAGCAGGUGGUCGAGAACCCGAUGACGUUCUGGAAUGGCGCUGUCCAAGACUACAUUCGUCAAGCGCACGAGCUCGAAGCCAAGGUAACGGCGCUGCACGCGCCGGUCAAGAAGAUGGCGCCGCCGGCACCGCCGACUGGCUUUUCGUUUGGCGCCGCACCAACGACGUCUUCUGACAAGCCCUCGACGGGCUUCUCGUUCGGUGCUGCGCCGACCUCAACGACGACGACGACGACUGGCUUUUCCUUUGGUGCGGCCGCUCCGUCUGCGACCACGUCGAGCCCGGCCAAGCCGGCGACGACGACUGGCUUUUCGUUCGGUGCCAGCGCUACGCCUGCGAGCCCCGCCAAGCCCGCGACGACGAUUGGCUUUUCCUUUGGCGCGGCCGCUCCGUCUGCGACGACGACGGGCUUCUCGUUUAGCUCGAGCACAACACCGGCGAGUCCGGCCAAGCCGGCAACAACAACCGGUUUUUCCUUUGGUACGACCACGACGUCGAGCCCCGCUACGAGCGCACUGGCCGCGACAGCUAGCCUGGCCAAGCCGACGUCGGGCUUCAGCUUUGGUGCCGCGCCGGCCCCUGCGGCCUCUUCUGCGUUUGCCUCGACGCCGGCGUCAUUUUCUUUUGGCGGCGCGGCCGCACCUGCCGCGUCAUCGUCGUCUUUCUCGUUCAACUUGCCCAAGGCGGUCCCGGCGCCGGCGGCCACGGAGGACGAGGACGACGAGAACAUUGGUCGGGAAGAGGCGACGGUCAUCAUCAAGUCGUCCUCGGAAGCCGACGAGACGGUCGUGUACGAAGUCGACGAGCUCCGCAUCCGUCAUUUCAAGGCGGCCGAGAAGCGCUGGGCCGACAUUGGCAAGCACCCGUUCAAGAUUCUCCAAAACAACUCGACCAAGGCCGCACGCAUUCUGUCGCGCAACUCGAUUGGCAAGAUCAUGAUCAACGCCGCGCUGUACAAGGGCCUCAAGGUCACGGUGGCGCCCAACAAGAAGGGUGUGAUGCUGACCUUGCUCCAUGAGGGCGAGCCUACGAGCAUGCUUCUCGGUAUCGCGGCGGAUCGCGUUGAGGAGCUCAAGGCCGCGAUCGAAGGCGCGUGCCCGCAGUAAUCGUCGCAACCUAUGAUUUGAUUUUUAAGAUUGAGAUUGAGCACCCGCUCUCGCUUUUAAUUGGCCAAAAAAUGAUUACGAAAG